UAGAGAGGCCUCCGUGGAGGCCUCCCUGAAGCCUGAACUCGAGUAGGCCAGCAGGCAGCAAGGAAGGAAGGAAGGAAGGAGGCAGGCAGGCAGGCAGACAGAGUUUUCUGCAGACCCUCUGCCCAGGCCAGCCCGCCCAGCCUUUUCCAGUAAUGGAGAUUAGCCUCAUUUGCUUUGAAAUCCUGAAAGAAAUGGCUGAAGAAGUGACCUAUGCUGACCUGAAGUUCAUUACACUGGAGCAGACUAAGAAGCAGGAGCUCCAGAAAGCCAAAAGCAAAGCAUCUCCCUUAGUGUCCCACUACUGGCGACCUGCAGCAGUGAUUGCUGGGAUCUUUUGUCUGGGCCUGGUGGGAGCAGCAGGAAUUCUGAGUUUCAAGGUUAUGCAGGCAUCCCAUACAGCAAUCAGUCAGAAUGAAAACCUGACCAUUCAGAAGGAGAUAAUGGAAAUUCUACUCAUGAAGCUGAAUAUACUGCAAGCCCAGAAUUUAAACCUUUCUGAGACUGUGCAACAACUGUCAAACUACAGAGGCCAUCACUGCAGCCCAUGCCCAGAGAGGUGGUUACAGCGUGGAAAAAACUGCUACUUCUUUUCCUCCAAGUGGAACUCCUGGGAAGAAAGCAAAGCUCAGUGUGCUUCCCUUAACUCCAGACUUCUUAAAAUAGAGAGUAAAGAUGAGCUGGAGUUCAUACUUGAGUCAGCACAGUCCUAUAGUUCUUUCUGGAUUGGCUUAUUCCGCAGCAGAGCUGGUGAGCCUUGGCUGUGGGAGGACAAUAGCACCUUCUCUACUGAACUGUUUAACAUUCCUGAAUCUGGGUCCACGAAUUAUCCCAUCUGUGUGUCCAUUCAGGGUGGGAAUCUAAUUGCUUUCGAUUGUUUGGGAUACCGGUACUGCAUCUGCGAGAAAGCAUCCGAUCCAGCAAAUACUGACCAUCAGUAAGGCAAGCCAAUUCAGCGGAGCCUUCCUAAUAAUAAUAAUAAUUAACAAUGGCGCCCUAAUAAGCAAACAUCCUGUUAGUCAGACCUCCUUCUUAAGUCAACUCAUAGGCUGCCUUCUGACAUAUCCAGUGAUGGAAUGUUUCCGAAUGACAUCCUGUUUCGCUAUAGACAUGCGAAGAGGACAGAGCUAUGAAGACAGAAACCUUGUGGACUUCAAAAAAGAAGUGAGCUUUACAGUCUUUCUCUGCCUUGUGGAAUUCCAAAAAGAAGAAGAGCUCUACAGUCUUUCUCCACCAUCUCAACAGGUGGGAGGAGGGGACAGUUUUUGUUGCUCUCCUUCCUCCAGAUGGAGUUUGUACCUCCAAUAAUCUGUCUCUGAGGACUGCACAGAUUCAAGCAACAACCUGCCUAUCUCGCCUCCCAAGAUACUGAUCCCAAGCCAGGCUGCCAGGCAGAUAUUUUGAGGCAGCUCUGAAGUCAACAUCCAACUGCAUCCAGAAAAAAAUGCCAUGGAGAAGCACCCUUAUUUGAUUUGCUUAGGCAGAGUCCACAUUAUCAGCCCAUGGAAAUUCAAUGCAAGAGGAAACAGAAAGAAGGUUACUGUUCAGCACAGGGUGACUCAGUUUGGGCUUGUGAUUCCUCUUGGCAUUGUAUUUUUGCACAUCCAGGGUGUGGCAUUUACAGCAUAUAAUAGAUCGCAUCUGCAGCACCCUUGGCAUACAUAACAGCACCAGGAGUGGAGGGAGGCCAGAUCCAGCCCACCGCUGUGGCCCCCAAGCCCCACCCCUGCAUCUGAUGGCAACCACUUAAGCCCCACCUACUGCACCUGACAUCAGACGCAGGGAGCGUAGCUUUGAUUGCAACAGAGUCACUUGGCCCUGUUGGGGGGGGUGGGGAACCCGGCCAGAGCUGCGUAAGCAGCUCUUCCUGCCUUUUAGGUUGGACACAGGGAGCAUAACUUUGCUUGCAAAUGGGCACGUGGCAAAAUCCCCGGCCAGUGCCACAUUCACAGGGCAGCCAGAACCAACUGCUCUGGCCACGCAGCAAAUGUAGCAGUGGCCCAAGAAUUUGCUCACAAAUGGGGCCCGUGGCCCCGUUUGCAAGGAAAGCUACACUCACUGCGUCCGAUGUCAGAUGCAGGGGGCGUGGCUGGGGAGCAAGACAAUGCAAAACUGGGCCAGGUUCUUUGAACCCAUGCGCUCAAUGGUGGCUCCACCCCUGAAUAGCACCAAUGCACAACUUGCUUGUUUAUCUGCAUGAAUGCAGAUGGAGACCUACUAGAUUGCCACAAAUAUCUGACCAUUUGUCUUUUACCACACUCUGCUCUUUACAUUUUCAGCUGAUGAGGUUUUGCAUCUGUCUCCUUGUGUUCACACCUGCAUGAUGGGUCAAAGUAGAAGAGGCAGAGUCCUCUCACCACUGUUUGUGUUCUCUUUCUCUCCUUUCAGGCAUAAAUUUGCUUUCAUGUUUAAGAUUCUCCUUGAUGAAUUUGUUUUUAGAUCUUCCCAAGCCAACUGGAGGUGUCUGUGCUGUAACUGCAAAUCCAUGGUAACCUGGAUAACUGAAGUUAGGCAAAACGUUGCUUAGUUGCAAUGUCAGAUCAAACCUUGUGCAGUUUUCAGACCCUUUUAAGCUAGAAGAACUGCAGAAUAGAAACACAUUAAGAAAUUUGGCCCCGCUUUUAAUGGCCUAAUUAAAGGAUUGUUGACUUACAGAACUAUAAAAAGCAAGUACUGUCUCUCCCAUUUGGUCCUACAGGAAUCCUUUAACAUUCAUUCAGAUAUUUAUAUUAAGGGUGUGCAAUUCGGGUUUUCGGUGAUUCGGUGUGGGACCCGAACCGAAUCAUCCCCGUUCUGUUCUGUGCCCGAAUAUGGGCUUCCCAAAUCACCCCUGAUUCGGUUCAGAUUUGGAUUAAAUCCAAAUCUGAAUCAAUUUGGGUAACAAAAAUGGGUCCCCGUGGCAAAAUAGUGGGGUAGGGUGGUAGUGCCCAAUGGGUGGAGGCUACCACCCAAGUUUCAGGGGAAUUGGGCAAAGGGCUGAUUUUUGGGGAAUUUUUGAAGUUUUAGUGUCUUUGGGGCAGAUCGGGGCAUAGCGUGGGAUCUGGGCAAAAAAAGUGGGGUGGGAUGGUAGGGCCUAAUGGGUGGAGGCUACCACCCCAAUUUCAGAGUGAUUGGGCAGAGGGCUGAUUUUUGGGGAAUUGUUGAAGUUUACGCAUCUUUAAGGUUUUUCUCAAUAAAGAAGCAUUGAGGUGUCAGCAAAUGUAUAGCUUCACAUGGGGGGCAAAGGGGUGGCCUAGAGCAGUGUGGGGUUGGUGGUUGUGCCAGGUAGGGGCAAGGAAGCUACCUGAAUUUUUUCAAAGGAUUUGGGCAGAGGGCUGAUUUUUGGUAAAUUGUUGAAGAUUACGCGUCUUUAAGCUUUUUCCUCAUAGGGUAUACAUGGAGCUUUCAGCAGCCCCAUAAGUGCACUUGGGGGUGCUGGGGUGGCCCAGAGCGAGUGGUAGUGUAGUGCACAUAGGGUGCCAACCACCCCCAUGGGUUUCUAACCCAUGGCGUACAGGGUUCUGUUGUUUCUGAGGUAUUCUGAGUGUGGAUUCUAUGAUAGCAAAUGAGAUUUUCAAUGAAACACCAUGAAUCCACUCUAAUUUGAUGUUACAGAUGCUUUUUAGCUUGUGCAAUUGAGGAUGUAAAGACUAGAGGAUUCUUGGGAGUGUGAGGUUGACCAACUGCUUGUGCAACUCUCCCCCAUUCUAGCUAGUUAAGGCAACCUGAGGAGAAUUGGCCAAAUGGGUGAAGAGGGUGAUUAAUGCAGAUCUCCCACGAGAAUAACUGAAAGGGGCCCUCUUUGCAGGGUGUGAAGUUGUCAAAAUAAGGUGAUAUUUUGUCUCCUCUAGUUAGAAGCAAAGCUGAACAAAAAUUACUCUUGCAGUUUUUUGUUUUGGUCAGAUUCACAUUUUGACAAAUAUUUCUCCUAUUUGGAAGGGUAUCCAUAUUCUUAUUUGGCUUACUGUAUGUGUGAAUCAACCCAGUCACAUAAAACAUUUCCAUUUUAA